CAUAGAGAGCUGUAGUACAGUAAGCGACGGUAACUAGGUACGAGCUCCGGGACAUUUCUCCCGGUCUCCAGAGCCUGAAUGUCAACCAGCGGCUCCAGCUCCUCUUCCCUGCGGAAAGACUUCGAUGUGAAGCAGAUCCUCCGGAGCCGAUGGAGGUGGUUCGGUCACCCGGCGGUUCCCCCGCCCCACAACCCCCCGCCAGGAGACUUCUUUACCGGGAGAGGAGCAGGGGCCAGCCCCGGAGAGUACCAGAGCCCCUCUGUUAGUGUCUGUUCUACCAGUAACGGAACCGUUAACGGCACCGGUACAGGAAAUAACUGCAUAGUAGCAGUUGGAACUAGCGGUAACGGUAGUUGUAGUGGUAAUAGUUCAUGCAACGCCAAUAACAGAACGUUUACGGAUAAUUAUGUUGGGAGUCCCACUGAUAAUCUCCCGGUAACAGCGUUUGCAGCCGCGGCAGCUGGACAUUCCUCUUGUCCGCGGUCCUUCAGCCAACCGGAGUGGGUCACCCGGUUGUCUGUCUCUCACUCUCGGCCGGUAACAGACACAGAGCGCCCCGCGGACGGCUCAUCGCUCCUCCAGCCGGCGGUACCGGAGGCGUCUGUUCCCGUAGCUGAAGAGGAGACGGGACUGACCGGAACAGAGAGUAAUAAUAACCACGACGACACUGCCUCCAGCUCCUGCAGGACUUCCAACAGCAGCGCAACGCUGUCCUCAUGUGUGUCGAUGGAACCGUGUGCGACCCCCGACGAGUGUGUGUACACGGCUCACACACACGCAGACCUGACCUUCAGCAGGAUGGAGACCUACCUCCGAACCAAGCAGCUGUGUGACGUCACUCUGGUGGCAGGGGACAGGAGGAUACCUGCUCACAGACUGGUCCUGUCGUCGGUGUCUGACUACUUUGCGGCCAUGUUCACCAGUGAUGUCCGAGAGGCCAAACAGGAAGAGGUUAAGAUGGAGGGGGUGGACCCUGAUGCAUUGUGGGUGCUGGUACAAUACGCUUACACAGGUCGUGUGGAGUUGAGAGAGGACACUAUAGAGUGUAUAUUGUCAGUAUCAUGUCUCCUCCAGCUCCAGUCAGUCGUCCAGGCCUGCUGUAACUUCCUCAUCAAACAGCUCCACCCGUCUAACUGUCUGGGGAUACGCAGCUACGCAGACACACAGAGCUGUACACACCUCCACCACACUGCCCACAGCUACACCAUGGAGAAGUUUGUGGAGGUGGUUAAAGGUCAGGAGUUUCUCCUCCUCCCGCUAGAAGAGAUGGACAGAUUGUUGUCCUCCGACGAUAUGAAUGUUCCAGACGAGGAAACCGUGGUUACAGCAUUGCUAAGCUGGGUCCGCCAUGACGUUUCCACCCGGCAACCACACCUGCCCUCGCUCCUCGCUCACAUACGACUGCCUUUACUGCAAGCACAGUUUCUAGCAGACCUGGAGUGUAACCCUCUGCUCCGAGACAGUGUGGAGAGUCAGAGGCUUUUAAUGGAAGGUAUGAAGUACCAUCUCCUGCCACAUCGGCGCCCCCUGCUGCAGAGCCCCAGAACCAGACCUCGUAAAGCUACUGUAGGAGCCAUGUUCGCUGUUGGGGGUAUGGACGCUACCAAAGGAGCCACCAGUAUAGAGCAGUACUGCCUGCGUCGGGAUGCGUGGAGCCAGGUGGCGGUGUUGAGCGGGCGCAGACUCCAGUUCGGGGUGUGUGUGUUGGAUCGACGUCUCUACGUGGUCGGGGGUCGGGACGGACUGAAGACCCUCAACACCGUGGAGUGUUACGACCCGGACGGUGGCAGCUGGAGCGUCAUGACGCCCAUGUCCACACACAGACACGGGCUGGGUGUGACAGUACUUGAGGGUCCAAUGUAUGCAGUAGGAGGGCAUGAUGGGUGGAGCUACCUCAGCACUGUAGAGAGGUGGGAUCCUCAGGCUCGUCAGUGGAGCUUCAUCGCCAGCAUGGCAACACCUCGAUCUACUGUAGGAGUAGCUGUACUCAGCGGAAAGUUGUAUGCAGUAGGGGGUCGUGAUGGAAGCUCCUGUCUUCGCUCCGUUGAGUGUUUUGAUCCCCACACCAACAGGUGGAGCUGCUGCGCUCCGAUGGCGAAGCGUCGUGGCGGGGUGGGCGUGGCUACCUGGAACGGUUUCCUGUACGCUAUUGGAGGACAUGACGCUCCCGCCUCCAGCCUGGCAUCACGACUCAGCGACUGUGUGGAGAGGUACGACCCCCAGGCGGAUGCGUGGACGGCGGUAGCCCCCAUGAGCGUCAGUCGUGACGCUGUCGGUGUGUGUCUCCUUGGAGACCGUCUCUAUGCGGUCGGUGGUUACGAUGGAACGGUGUACCUGAACACUGUCGAGGCCUACGAUCCCCAGACCAAUGAGUGGACACAGGUGGCUCCACUGUGUCUGGGCCGGGCUGGGGCCUGUGUGGUGGCUGUCAAACUGUGAACACUCUCACACCUGAACACACACACACCUGAACAAACCUGAACACUCACACACCUGAACACUCACACACCUGAACACUCACACACCUGAAC